AUGGCUACCAUAAGACCUCUUUAUCCACUUUCUUCUCCACUCAAACAGUGCAUUAAUAUUCACUCUUCAACUCCAUGGAUUUACAGCAAAUCGACCUCAGACUCUCCUGUUUCUUCCAUACAGUUACAUACGAAUCAACACCAACAAAGACAAGUUGCUGCUGGAGUCGCAUUCAAUCCUUCUGGGAACUACGAUCUCUCCCUGUAUGAUGAUGAAAACGACACACAGAAAGCACCACCACCAAUGCCCCCGAAAGAGGGCCGGUAUGAAGUAGUAAUCGAUACUAAUAUUAUUCGUGGUCUCGACUUAGCCCCAUUUGAAAGUGCAACUGGAAUAACCUCACCUCUAUCUGCAAAUGCAAAUCCAAAGGAGUUCUUGGAACGUACUAUUGGCUUUACGAUCAACUACACUAGAGAAGAUGAAUAUGACCCUCGCGAGCUAUCCGAAUUCCCUGAUAUUAGGCUGUGGUUUGUUCGAUUGGAUGCUGUGUAUCCGUGGCUCCCUGUUGUAUUGGACUGGCGUGCAGGAGAGCUCGCACGGUAUGCAGCAAUGCUGCUGCCUCAUCAGAUGAGUCUCAGAAUGGGAGUCGUAUUCAACCCGGAGGCACUAGAAUUGUUCAUUAUGCAGAAAGUAUUUGUUGUAUACUCUUGGUUGAAGGAAAAUGACAUUCCAAUGCCAAGAUUGAAGACAAAAGACAUGGCCAGAAUGCUUGGAUUUGGAAUUGGAGAUGAGCUAUUUGAUUUGAUUGAUAAGCAAAUCCCAACUUCAUCAUAA